GGUUUGUUGGAGAGAGAGGGGGGCAUUAAAAAAAAAAAACCCCAGCAGCAGCACCAGGGCAGCGGCUGUAACGUGUUCGGGCGAGCCGGUAACUCCUUUUUGUGUUUUUAUCUCAUCUUUAAACACCGCCCGUGUGUGUGUGUACGUUAACCGUUAACCGCGUCGUGAUUGGAAACGUUACGUACGUUGGCACGUCGGGACACCGCGGUGUUAUUAGUUAAACAAAGCGGACCCCUCAUCCAACGACAGGCUCAGUGUUCGCCAACGGUAACCGCUGUUAGUGCGGUAAAAACGGACACAGUUAGAGGGCUGAUGCCGCUGUAAAUCAACGGAAACAUCAACACGAGAUGGAUCUGCGGUUACUUUUAAUAGCGGCGUUAUCGGCCGUCCUCGGUGGCAGCUGGGCACAGCAAGAGGGGAGCAUAUGCAUCAAGGCGAACGCACAGUCAUGUGGGGAAUGCAUUCAGGUCGCCAAGUCGUGUGGAUGGUGCUCGGAUCAAGAAUUCCUCACUGUCGGUGAGUCCAAGUCCGCUCGCUGUGAUGACCUGGACUCCCUGAAGAAGAGAAGUUGUACCAAAAUCGAGAACCCGGUCGGAUCGAUCAGCAUCGAUAAGGACAAGCCCGUCACCAACCGCAAGAAGGACAGCGAGAAACCGGAUCCUGGCCAGAUUACACAGAUCCAACCCCAGAAACUCACCCUGACACUCAGAACUGGUGAGCCCCAGACUUUUAAGCUGAAAUUCAAGCGUGCUGAGGACUACCCCAUCGACCUGUACUACCUUAUGGACCUCUCCUACUCCAUGAACGACGAUUUGGAAAACGUCAAGAACCUUGGCACUGACCUCAUGCUUGAAAUGAGAAAGAUCACCUCAGAUUUCAGGAUCGGUUUCGGCUCGUUUGUGGAGAAGACGGUCAUGCCGUACAUCAGCACCACGCCUGCCAGGCUCAUCAACCCCUGCACAGGGAACCAGAACUGUACGAGCCCCUUCAGCUAUAAGAACGUCCUGAAGCUCACAAACAAGGGAGACGAGUUCAAUCGCUUGGUCAGUCAGCAGCAGAUCUCAGGAAACCUGGACUCUCCAGAGGGAGGCUUCGAUGCCAUCAUGCAGGUGGCGGUCUGUGAGGAGCAAAUCGGUUGGAGGAAUGUGACCCGUCUGCUGGUGUUUUCCACCGACGCUGGUUUCCACUUUGCUGGUGACGGCAAACUGGGCGGCAUCGUCCUGCCUAACGAUGGGAAGUGUCACCUGGAGAACAACAUGUACACCAUGAGCCACUACUAUGACUACCCCUCCAUCGCCCAUUUGGUUCAGAAACUGAGUGACCACAACAUCCAGACCAUCUUUGCUGUAACUGAGGAAUUCCAGCCUGUUUACAAGGAGUUGAAAAAUCUGAUUCCCAAAUCGGCCGUUGGCACGCUGUCCGCCAACUCCAGCAACGUGAUCAAACUCAUUAUUGACGCUUACAACUCUUUGUCAUCUGAGGUCAUCCUGGAAAACGGCAGGCUGCCCGAAGGAGUUUCCAUCACCUACAAGUCCAUCUGUAAGAACGGCGUGGAGGGAACAGGGGAGAACGGCAGGAAGUGCUCCAACAUCUCCAUCGGAGACGAGGUGUCUUUCGAGAUUUCCGUCGAAUUCCAGAAGUGUCCGUCGCAUGACAAGACCGAGACCAUUAAAAUUAAACCUCUGGGCUUCACUGAGGAGGUGGAGGUAGUUCUGAACUUCAUCUGCGACUGUCAAUGCGCCAAAGACGGCGAGAACAACAGUAAGCAGUGCGACGACGGCAACGGGACCUUCGAGUGUGGAGCCUGCAAGUGUAAUGAAGGACGUAUCGGACGCCUCUGUGAGUGCAGCAAAGACGAAGUGCGGACGGAGGACUUGGACGCCAACUGCCGAAAAGACAACGGUACGGACAUCUGCAGCAACAACGGCGACUGUGUCUGCGGCAGCUGCGAAUGCAAGAAGCGCGAGAACCCCGCAGAGGUCUACAGCGGCAAGUACUGCGAGUGCGACAACUUCAACUGCGACCGUUCAGGCAACAAGCUCUGCGGAGGACACGGCCGCUGCGAAUGCAGGAAGUGCAUCUGUGACGCCAACUACACCGGCAGCGCCUGCGACUGCUCCCUGGACACUUCCUACUGCCUUGCCAAGAACGGGCAGAUCUGUAACGGCCGCGGUACUUGCGAGUGCGGAGUCUGCAAAUGCAACAACGCCAAAUUCCAGGGUCCGACCUGUGAGAUCUGUCCCACGUGCCCCGGCGUCUGCGCUGAGCACAAAACUUGUGUGCAGUGCCGAGCGUUCAAUGCCGGUGAGAAGAAGGAUACAUGUGAGCGGGACUGCAGCUACUUCGAGCUGAUCAAGGUGAAGAGUCGUGACAAGCUGCCACAGCCCACGGACCAGAGCUUCCCACUCACCCACUGCAAAGAGCGUGACGCCAACGACUGCUGGUUCUACUACACCUUCGCCAUCAGGAACGACACCAAGGAGGUCUACGUGGUGGAGACGUUGGAGUGCCCAGCGGGACCUGACAUCAUCCCCAUCGUGGCAGGCGUGGUAGCGGGCAUUGUGCUGAUCGGCCUCGCUCUGCUGCUUAUCUGGAAACUGCUCAUGAUCAUCCACGACCGCAGAGAGUUCGCCAAGUUCGAGAAGGAGAAGAUGAACGCCAAGUGGGACACGGGUGAGAAUCCGAUCUACAAAAGCGCCGUAACAACAGUCGUCAAUCCAAAGUACGAGGGCAAAUGAUGGAGCUCUGCCUCCGUUGUGACAACACUGUAUGGAAAAGAAUCUGGGCUGAACGGAAGGGAAGGGUCGGGUUUUUAUAAUGCUCUCACUGUGUUUGUUUGUUUGUUGUUGUAGUCACCAAAUGAUAGCAAUGCAUUUUGCCACUAUUUCAGUUUGUUUUUACUAACUUGUUUUUAUUUUCUAUGCAUCAUCUGAAAUGUGUACAGUCUGUAUAAAUGUGGGGUUUUGUUUUUUGUUUUUCUCUGCGGAACUUGAGCGAAUGUGUUGAACUGAUUUUAUUAAUUUUUCCACCAUUGGACUGGCAAAAAAAAAAAAAAAAACCUAGCUGUGCCUUUUUUAAAUGUUUUAAUAGAACCAUCAAGCCAUCAGUGUUUUGUGGACGGUUGAAUUGGAUGUUGAUAGCGGGCAACAGACGAAGAGUUCCUCUCCAGAUAACCACAUAUGCAAUGCUGAGUGGACGGCAAUCCUUAACGCAACAAAGUUGAGUUUAAAAAGGUCUUAAGAUUGAUUUGCCGUCUGAGCAAAGAUCUUAUUGUGUCUGUAAUCAUUUAGACUCUCUUUGGAUUGAAACUCUUCAAAUGUAGCGCCAGUCGGCCGAGUGCGGUAGCAGUGAAACGUGUACAGUAUGUUUGGAUUUCUGUGUUAAGCCAUACAUGUAUUCACAGAAGAGGAUCGGAGGCGUUUGUAUGUUUGUUUUUGUUUCCAAGUGACUUAAUCCAUCUGAACAAUCAAUUUUAAAUGUAUCUUUGUCUAGAAAAGAUGUUUUUUUCUGGCUGCCUUUCUAGUUUAAAGGACAUCAGUGUACAGUAGUGUUACUGUUUGGCUCCAGGUUUUACUUUUGCUUAAUUUAAAGCCAACUCAGGUCCUUAAUUCUUCACAGCAAUGCCAAAUACACGUAAACCUGCCUUAUUUGCUAACUAAAUUUGCUUAUAUUGAAAUGCCUUGUUUUUUUAUUUGUAGGAUAUGAAUUGGGUUCCACAUUAUUCCACGUCAGUAAUUCCACCCAACGUUUUUGUGGUGCCUCGAUCAAACAUUUUUUUUAUUGAAAAAAAAAAUACUGAUAAUGUCAUUUAAAGAUCAGCGGUAAGGGAAUGGGUUUUGUAAAGAAAAAAAAAAAAAGGUUACACCUAUCACCAUUGUUUUUAAGUGCCUUUUUUAAUUUCAACACCAAUUCUGUAUUUCUGAAAUUAUUUAUUGAAUAAACAUUGAAAACAAUUUAA